UCAUGUCUGUUACAGGGGCAAUUUCAUCUCAACGGUAUGCACAAGGCUGGGGAUGUGAUGCUCGGUGGGCUGUUUCAGGUCCACUUCUUUUCUAUCUUUCCUGACCUGUCCUUUACUGCUGAACCACAUCAGCUUACAUGCAAUGGUUUUGAUUUCUUAGGGUUUAGACAGGCUCAGACCAUGGCCUUUGCUAUUGAUGAGGUUAACAGAGACUCCCAGCUGUUACCCAACGUGACUUUGGGGUACAGUCUGUAUGACAACUGCCUGACUCUUGGCAUUGGGUUUCGUGCAGCACUUGCAUUAAUCAGCAGUCAGGAGGAGCAAAUUAUAUUGAAUGAGACCUGUGAAGGAAGACCUCCAGUUCUGGGGGUUGUGGGAGACUCUUCCUCUACACGCUCCAUUGCUAUCUCGACUGUCUUAGGUUUGUACAGAGUGCCUAUGGUGAGUUAUUUUGCCACAUGCGCCUGUCUAAGUGACCGGCAGAAGUUUCCAUCCUUCUUUAGGACAAUACCAAGUGAUGCUUUCCAGGUGCGUGCCAUGAUUCAAAUACUGAAACACUUUGGCUGGACCUGGGCCGGUUUGCUGAUAAGUGAUGAUGACUACGGCUUGCAUGCUGCCCGAUCCUUCCGUUCAGAUCUGGGUGUGUCUGGGGGUGGCUGUCUAGCCUAUUUGGAGGUUUUGCCCUGGGAAAAGGAUUUGAUUGAAUUUCAGAGGAUUGUGGAUGUAAUGAAGAAAUCCACAGCUCGUGUUGUCAUUGUGUUUGCACAUGAGAGUCAGAUCAUUAAUCUCAUGGAGGAGGUGGUGAGACAGAACUUGACAGGCCUUCAGUGGUUGGCAAGUGAAGCCUGGUCCACCGCUACUGUUCUUCAGACCACUCAACUAAUGCCGUACCUUGGUGGCACAUUGGGCAUCGCUAUCCGUCGAGGAGCGAUACCAGGCCUCAAGGAUUUCUUGCUACACACACGUCCCGAUCUACAACACAACAACAGCUUUGAAAAUAGCAUGGUGAUAUUUUCUUCACUAAGUGAGGUAAACCAGUUUUGGGAAUUCACAUUUCAGUGCAGAUUUAAACCAACUCCAUCAGGUUGGGUUGAGAACGAUGGAAAAGUUUGCUCUGGAGACGAGGAUUUAGAGGCAGUGGAGACUGAGUUCUUGGAUGUUUCUGAUCUCAGGUCUGAGUACAAUGUUUACAAAGCUGUGUAUGCACUGGCAUAUGCCCUUGAUGAAAUAUUAAAGUGUAAACCAGGGAAAGGACCUUUCUACAAGCAAAGCUGUGCCACUAUGCAAACUCUUGAACCAUGGCAGCUUGUUUAUUACCUGGAAAGGGUUCAUUUCACCACAUCAUUUGGUGAUCAAGUGUCAUUUGAUGACAAUGGUGAUGCCUUACCAAUAUAUGAUGUUAUGAACUGGCUCUGGCUCCCUGAUGGACAAACUAAAGUUCAAAAUGUCGGAGAGGUUAAAAUGUCUGCGUUCAAUGGUGAACAACUCAUACUUGAUGGAGACAAAAUCUUCUGGAACUUUAAACCCAAAAAGCCACCCCGGUCAGUGUGCAGCAACGACUGUCCUCCAGGUACCCGUGUGGUAAGAAAGAAGGGGGAACCCGAGUGCUGUUUUGACUGCAUCCCUUGCUCUGAGGGAAAGAUCAGUAAUAGCACUAAUUCCUUGGAGUGCUUCAGCUGUCCAGAAGAUUACUGGUCCAUCCCCCAGAGAGAUCACUGUGUUCCUAAGAAAACCGAGUUCCUCUCCUAUCAGGAACCUUUAGGGAUCUGUUUGACAGCAGCCUCAUUGCUGGGGACAUUUAUCUGCACUGUUGUUCUAGGAAUCUUCAUCUAUCACCGUAGCACACCUAUAGUACGAGCCAACAACUCAGAACUUAGUUUCAACCUGUUGCUUUCACUUAAAUUAUGCUUCCUGUGUUCACUGCUGUUUAUUGGACGACCCAGAUUGUGGACAUGUCAGCUUAGACACGCAUCAUUUGGGAUCAGCUUUGUGCUUUGUGUCUCAUGCAUCCUGGUUAAAACUAUGGUGGUUCUGGCGGUUUUCAAAUCCUCCAAACCAGGAGGUGAAGCCAGUCUCAAAUGGUUUGGUGUUUCACAGCAGAGGGGAACAGUUCUAGUUCUCACAUCUGUCCAGGCAGCAAUCUGCACUGCUUGGCUCAUCUCUUUUUCACCGUCUCCACAUAAAAACACCAAAUACCACAAUGAUAAGAUAGUUUAUGAGUGUGUAGUUGGCUCUGCUGUCGGUUUUUCAGUGUUACUUGGAUACAUUGGUAUUUUGGCUAUUCUUAGCUUUGUGUUAGCAUUUUUGGCAAGGAAUCUUCCUGACAACUUUAAUGAGGCUAAGCUUAUCACUUUCAGCAUGCUGAUCUUCUGUGCUGUAUGGGUGGCCUUUGUUCCUGCUUAUAUUAGCUCACCAGGCAAAUAUGCAGAUGCAGUAGAGGUGUUUGCAAUCCUGGCCUCCAGUUUUGGUCUUUUGUUGGCACUGUUUGGACCCAAAUGUUACAUAAUUUUGCUUAGACCAGAGAGAAAUACAAAGAAGGCCAUCAUGGGAAGAGGAAUUGAGUAA